CAAUGAAAUGAAGCUGCGCAUAACUUUAUGCCCAAACUCAACUCCUCCGCAUGAACAUCGACUUUGAGUCUCGUCUUCUUACUAUUACCAUCAAGUGACAAGAUAUACAAGAAUCAUGCCUUCCAACCUCCCAAAUCUCCGCCGCCUCUUUGUCGAAGCUCGUACCGAAGCAGAGGAGAGCGCAUAUUCAAGAAAUGCCCGUUACAGCCUCAGCACUUCGAUAGGGUAUUUCGACCGUCUGUCCACUCUCCAGGGGCGAGUGUCGGAGAUGCCCAGGGGUUGUGUGUUUCUGCGAGAGGCGGGCGACUUCAUCUUCCGCUGGCCGAGGUCUCCCAAGCUUUGAGCUGUAGAAAUGCACAGUAGUUUUUGGAUUGGCUCUACGUUGAGGGAGUGGAUGGAGGAUUGAAGCAUAUUGAUGAGUUGUUCGUUAAGGUAUAUGCUGACG